UAAUCUUCUCUACUCGGGUUACUGUGUUUAUGAUUCUUUUUUCCUUUUUUCGAUCGCAGUAUUUUGAUUUCUUCAUACGAAAGUUUGUUCUUCUUCAUUUCGAUUUAUAUCAACACACAGGAAUAUUUGGCGGAUCCUUACUACAGAGUUCAAGGAUGUUAGGAGAUUUCAUCACCAGAUGUCUUGUGUUGCUUUUUGGGUAUGCAUACCCUGCAUUUGAAUGUUUCAAAAUAUUGGAGAAGAACAAAGUUAAAAUUGAAGAACUUAGAUUUUGGUGUCAAUACUGGAUCAUCAUUGCACUUCUUACUGUUUGUGAGAGAAUAGGGGAUAUAUUUCUAUCAUGGUUACCAAUGUAUGGUGAGGUGAAGCUGGCAUUCUUUAUCUACUUGUGGAAUCCAAAAACAAAGGGAACUGGGUACAUCUAUGAAACUUUUCUGAGGCCUUAUAUAGCUGAGCAUGAAAGCGAAAUCGACAGGAGGCUAAUGCAGUUGAAAGUUAAGGCUUGGGACUUGGCCGUUUUCUAUUGGCAAAACUGGACGAGCCUUGGGCAGACUACAUUAUUUCAACUUGUUCAACAAUUGGCUUCUAAUUCUGGAAAAGUUUCAGGCACAACCGCUAAGAAGGAGAGGGACUGGGAACCAAGCGCACCGGGUUUAAAUGAAUCGCCCUCAUUGAGCAAACGUAAGAACGGUAAGAAGCCACCAAGACCCCCACCGCCCCCCAGUAGUCCGAUCAACCGUGCAGUUUCGGAGUCACCAAAAGCCAAUAACUUCCUAGUCCACCUCAACGAACAAACCGACUCGGUGGAUUCAAGCACUGUCUCUAAUUCUGAUGUCGUCAGUCACCAGCUCCAGCAGGUCCGAACUAGGCUCCGCCGUUCGAAAUCAAUCGUAAACUGAAGAUUGUAAUCAAUUGUACCACAAAAAAAGAAGAAGCCAAACCCUUAAUAAAAAGAGAAGGAAAUUUGUUUUUUA